AUGGAUGAGUAUAGUCUUUCAGCAAUGCUAGAAUCCUUAGGCGAAUUGAAAUCCAGUUUUUCUGCCGCACACACAAGCUUAGAGGAAUUGGACUUCGACUCCAUUGCCAGCGACCUGCCAAGUAACUUCGAUGCUGCUCUAAUCAACCUUAGAGCUACACUGCAACGCGAGAUUGGUAAACGUAGUGCCUCGCAACAUUGCUCCACGCUCAGAAUGAACUCCAGUGAGACCCAAUCAAUCAUUAUGAACGCUAAUAGCUCACGCUUGCCAUUGCUGACACUGCCUAAAUUCAGUGGCGCCUACACCGAGUGGAUAAAUUUCUUUUCAAUGUUCACGUCAAUAAUCGACAAGGACAGCGACCUCACCAACAUCGACAAAUUGCAGCAUCUUCGUUCCUGUCUGAGCGACGCUAAUUAUAACACUGCAUUAGAUCUUUUACAAAAGCGCUUCGAUAACAAACGUCUUAUAUUUCAGGCACACGUCAGGGAGAUAUUUGGGCUAGAGAGAGCAGAUUCAAACGUAACCAAGCUACGAGAGCUGACAGAUAAGAUCACAGCACACAUACGCGCAUUGCAGUCGCUCGCAUCCAAUGGGAAGAUCGCAGAUGGCAUCAUCGUACAAUUGGUGAUCCAGAAACUCGACAAAAAGACGCAGGCUAAAUGGGAGGAGAGUUCAUCGAUCAGCGAACUGCCAUCCUGGGAUCAAUUAGCUAUGUUCUUGGAGAAGCGCUGCAGAGCACUCGAGAAUGUUGAGCAUUCUAUGCAGACACCGACUGGUCAGACGGUAAAAGCUAACAAGAACGUGAGUACUGGUCAGAGGAAAUCCUUUGUUGCUUCCAACGGCUCAAAAGGUGUUUGUGUGUUUUGUGGAUCUGCCGAGCAUGCAAUUUAUAGCUGCCAACGCUUUGCAAAUUUGUCUCCGAACUUACGCCUGAGGGAAGUUAAGAAGCUUUCCCUUUGUCUUAACUGCCUAAAGACUGGGCAUCAAAUUCGUGACUGCAAAUCCGGAUCGUGCCGCGCCUGUCAGUCGAAACACCACACUCUCUUGCAUUUCGAACGCUCAACUGCAUCGUUAAUCAAUAGUCAAGCCGAAGCUUCGUCGGUAGCUACAGUUCAAUCCAACGCUAUGACUGCAUCGUUAUCUGUGUCGCCUAGUGCCCCAGUAUCUCCUUCUGAUGCUGUGUUCCUAGCUACUGCCGUCGUUCUGGUAAAAAAUCGUGCUGGAAGCUUCGUGCCUUGCAGAGCGCUUUUAGAUUCUGGCUCCCAAUUACACUUUGUCACAACUCGCCUUGCAAACCAAUUGCAGCUUGUAAAAGCAAAAUCCUCUGCUACAGUAUCUGGCAUUGGAGAUGCCAAUUUCUCAACGGAGGGUUACUCAGUCGACCUCGUACUGAAGUCGCGGACUUCAGAUUUCUCAACAAACAUAACAGCUGUUGUUGUGCAAACCAUAACCGACGACCAGCCUGGCUGCUCCGUGAGCACCAACGAGUGGAAUGUUCCGUCGAAUAUACAACUAGCUGAUCCUGGGUUCAACUUACCGCAGCGAAUUGAUCUGCUCAUUGGAGCAGCAUUGUUCUUCGAUCUGCUAUGUGUGGGGCAGAUACGCUUGGCAUCUGGUUUACCACUCCUUCAGAAAACACGCCUCGGUUGGGUGCUAUCUGGAGGGGGGCAACAAGCUCCAAAACUAUCAUCUUUUGUGGUGCGACGGAAGUCCUCCAGUGAUAUUAUUGCCACUCGGUUGGAAGAUUUAGUGCGUCAGUUCUGGGAAAUAGAGCACAACUUCGAGCCGAUCUGUAAGGCCUCCCAAGAAGAUAUCGACUGCGAAGCCCACUUCAGGGAAAAUUAUUUGCGAUUGUCAUCAGGCGAAUACUCAGUUCGUCUUCCCAUGAAGCGUGGUGUGGAGGCCCUUGGAGACUCCUAUUUGCAAGCUCGUCAACGCUUCGAAAGUCUUGGACGAAAGUUCGCUCGUAACCCUGAGCUUAAAACAGAAUAUAGUAAGUUCAUAAAGGAAUAUCUGGACCUUAAUCACAUGUCGCUAGUUACCAAUGAGGUUUUUCAACAAUGCAAGUAUUUUCUGCCGCAUCAUUGCGUCAUCAUGGAUGACAGUAGCACAACAAAGCUGAGAGUGGUUUUUGAUGGCUCUGCAUCCACUACUUCGGGCUUUUCGCUGAACGACCUACUCAUGGCAGGCCCAACUAUUCAGCCGAAACUUUUUAAUAUCCUUAUUAGAUUUCGUACUUUUCCCAUAGCACUUACUGGGGACAUCUGUAAGAUGUAUAGGUGUGUUCGCGUCACCCCACCAGAUAGCAUGCUCCAAUGCAUAUUGUGGCGUGAAUCUCCUCAGGAAAACUUUUCCAUCUAUAAGUUAGACACGCUGACUUAUGGAACUAAGCCUGCGUCAUUUCUGGCCAUACGUGCCAUGCACCAACUCGCAGCUGACGAAUCCUCGACUUAUCCCAUUGGUGCAGAAAUAGUGCGUCGAGACUUCUACGUAUAUGACUUGAUAUCUGGAGGCGAUUCGAUGGAAGAAGUACUGAAUAUCAAGCUACAAACAACUAGCCUCCUUGCUCGAGGAAACUUUAAGUUACGCAAGUGGUGCUCUAAUAGUCGAGAUAUCCUUCGUGAUAUACCUGACGUAGACAAGGAAUGUUUCCUUAAGUUUGACGAUGGCAGUGACAUCACCAAAGCUCUGGGACUAGUUUGGGAUCCGGUCAAGGACAAGCUGCUAUUUUCGUUUGUGCCACAACGAGAACUCGAUAAAAACUCAAAACGCUCUGCGUUGUCAACUCUAGCUCGCUGUUACGAUCCCCUUGGACUAAUGGGCCCUACGCUGACCAAGGCGAAGAUUCUUCUGCAACGCAUGUGGAGAGACAAGCUUGAGUGGGAUGAGAGUCUACCGCAAUCGUUAAACACCGCCUGGUCUGCCUUUUGCAGCGGGUUUGCAGACAUACAGCACCUAUCAUUUCCUCGUUACGUCUUGCAACCUGGGGCCAUUACAGAAAUUCAUGUAUUUUGCGAUGCAAGCCUUGAAGCUUAUGGGGCUUGCGGUUAUACGCGGUCAGCCAAGGAUAGUAAGGUACAAGUGCACCUGUUGUGUUCGAAGGCUCGUGUCGCUCCACUGAAGACUAUCACAGUGCCCAAGCUGGAACUCUGUGCAGCAACACUGCUUGCACAACUCAUGGGGUACGUCAGCAAAUUUGUCAAUAUUACAACAUCGCCAAGCUCUUCGCAGCUCACAGCCGCAGAUAUUCACCAUGGAACUCAACUGCUUAUUCGCUUAGUACAAAGAGCGCAACUUUGGCCGGAGUACACGGCAUUACAGGCCAAUAAUUGCGCUGUAUGGAUGGAGUUGGUAAGAGACCUCUCAACAGGUGCUUUCAUUGACGCGCUAAAACGAUUUAUCGCUACGCGUGGCAUACCCAGCUGCAUCUGGUCUGACAAUGCGACGAAUUUUGUAGGCGCCAAGAACGAGCUUAAAGAACUACGGAACUUAGCCCUCAGCGAGAAACACCGCAGCGAAGUCCACAACUUUUGCCUCAGUAAUGGCUUUGAUUGGCGUUUCAUCCCACCUCGCUCUCCGCACUUUGGCGGUUUGUGGGAAGCGGCCGUAAAAACAGCCAAACAACAUUUCUAUCGUUCCGUUGGCUCAUCACUGCUUGGCUUCGAUGAAUUGCGUACUUUGAAAACCCAGAGGAUUUAG